AAGUAACAACGCGAACCGGCAUGGCAACACUCAUUCACGACUCGCCAUUUGCGCACAAACGACGACGGCGGCACGCAUCACCACAUUUGAGCAUCCUACUGCGCCGACGCUCCUCUCGCAUCUUUCAGAUCUCACUUGCGCUCAGGACCUCCAGCACCGUCACGCGCUACUUGAUCCGCCAUGCCCAAGUCACGUCGAGACAAGGUGAUCUCGCUCACGCGAGUAUCGAAAAAAGAUCGAGCAGCCAAAGCCUCUCAUAUGGACCUGGUUCGCAAAGCAGCUCAAGAUCAUGCCUAUUGCUGGGUCUUCACCAUCGGUAGUCUGCGAAACACUUUUUUGAAAGAGGUCAGGGAUCUGUGGAAGGGGUCUAGAAUCUUUUUUGGGCGGAAUAGGUUGAUUGCCAAAGCGCUCGGAGAGAGUCCAGAGGAAGAGGUCAGGGAUGGCAUCCAUGGCGUCUCCAAGAUGCUAUCUGGGCCCGUGGGCUUGCUUUUCACCGACGAGUUGCCCUCUGCGGUCAUCGACUGGUUCGAGACGUACGAGAGGAGGGACUUUGCGCGGACAGGAAACAAAGCUACGCAAGACGUUGUUCUGCCCUCAGGCCCCGUUAUGAUGAGAUCAGACCCACCAGAGGCCCUCUCACAUCCACUCGAGCCCAAAUUGAGGAAGCUGGGCAUGCCUACAGAAUUGCAGAGAGGUGUACCGACGCUGUUGCGGGACUACAAGGUCUGCUCCAAAGGCCAAGCACUAACUUCCGAAGCUGCACAAAUCCUCAAGUUGCUCUUGAUUCAAGAUGCAACAUUUCAGAUCGUGCCGCUGGCUUACUGGGAAGCUUCGAGCGGCGCCGUCAAACGCACCGAGCUGACUGCUAUUCAAACAGAGAUUGUAGAGAAUGCAGCUGCGGGAGGUAUUGGAGGUGUUGGAGAGGGGAGGAAGAAGGGAUCGAACAAUGCCUCUACUGGGAAAGCUGGAAGGAGGAAAAAGGUCCAGGGAGCGCUAAUUGGCGAGAGUAGUGUGGCUGGACUUGAGGACGAGGAUGAGAUGGACGACGAUGAGAUGGACGACGAUGAGGACGACCUGGAGCAGAGGGAUUCAGGAAUGAUGCUACCAGCUGGCGUUUGAAGUAGCUUGAAACCUCUCAUUUCGUUCCCAUUCUGCCCGCUCGGACAUCCAGCCUUGUGUUCUCCAAAUUUGAAUGCAGGUGAUCGCUUCUUUCUGAUUUCGAGAUGCUUUGACGACAUUUGAGGGUGCUUCGCAAUGGCAUGCUACAGCCUCAACAUUACAAAGCCGUGGCCGCGCAGCAUGUCUUUUGGGGCCAGGAACGGGUAGGACCGGGAGAGAUCGCGACCCUUGCCCCUCAGUCGACGGAAAAGGUGCAGACGACGAACCAGUGUGCACACAGAACGUGCCUUGUAUUGAUA